AUGACCUCCCCACUGUGGUUCUGGUGCUUCUGCGUCUGGGCCGCCGAUCACUGGCCACCAGGAAGCGCCCUACAGCUCCAACCCGGCAUGCCAAAUGUCUGCAAGGAGGAGCAGCUGGUGGUGGUAAGACUGUCACGUCCAUGCACCCGAGCUUUCAUAGACACCGUCAAGUUCUGGAAACAAGGCUGCACAGGCCCACGGUGGUGUGUGGCUUAUGAAAGAAGGACCCGCUACUACACCGUCUACAGGCAGGUGUAUACCACAGAACACCAGACAGUCUUCAGAUGCUGCCCUGGUUGGAGCCGAUGGGAUAAUGAGCCAGGCUGCCUCUCCUCUGUGGCGUCUCUGGGAACCCAUUUCAGUGGAAGGCAGUGCUCGGACAGGGAUGAUCAACGCUGCCUCUGCUCCCAAGGGUUUCAUGGACCCCACUGUCAAUAUGAUAUAAACGAAUGCGCUGUUGACAAUGGUGGCUGUCAGGACCAAUGCUGCAAUACGAUUGGCAGUUAUUACUGCAGAUGUCAAGCUGGCCAAAAGCUGGAGGACGAUGGCAGAGGAUGUGAAGACAUCGACGAAUGUGCCGUGGUGAACGGAGGCUGCCAGCAGCGCUGCAUUAACGCUCUGGGCACCUUCCACUGCGUGUGUGAUACAGGGUACAGACGCCAUGCUGACGAACGCACCUGCAUAAAGACGGACCCCUGUGCAGGAAGGAAUGGAUGUGCUCACCUAUGCCAAAGCGAGAACGGUGUAGCCAGGUGUGCCUGCCAUGCUGGGUACCAGCUGUCUGCAGACAAAAAGGCCUGUGAAGACAUAGACGAGUGUGCUGAAGAACCUGCUACCUGUGCUCAUCGCUGUGUGAACUCAGAGGGGUCCUUCACCUGUGCCUGCCACCCGGGCUUUGAACUAGGAGCUGACGGGAAGCAUUGUUACCGGAUUGCACUAGAGAUUGUAAACAGCUGUGAGAACAACAACGGGGGCUGCUCUCACCACUGCGAACCUGCCAUUGGUGGACCCCAUUGCUCCUGUAACCACGGGCAUCGACUCGCCGCAGAUGGGAAAACAUGCAUAGCUCUAGAUGAUGAGCAGGUAGAGGAGGAAGAAGAGGUACUAGACAUCCUGAGGUUUCCAGGACUUCUGGUUGAAAACUCGCCUCGGCCAUUCCCUUACCUCGCUCCUUCUCUGGCUGCUUCAUACGAAGAUGAAGAUGAUGAAGACCAGGAAGCAGAAGAAGAGUUCCAGGGUCUGACAGCCUUGCACAGAGGGGUCUGUUUAGAUGGCACCUUUGGCCUGGACUGCAGCUUGAGCUGUGACGACUGCAGGAAUGGAGGUAAAUGCCAACAAGGAAAGAGUGGGUGCUUCUGCCCUGAAGGCUGGACUGGCAUUCUUUGCAAUGAAAGCAACACCCUAACAACUGGUGCAGACCAGCCAGCUCCUUUGGGAUGCCCAAAGGGCUUCUUUGGGAAGAACUGCAAAAGAAAAUGUCACUGUGCCAACAACGGCCAUUGCCACAGGGUGUAUGGUGCCUGCGUGUGUGACCUAGGGCGCUAUGGAAGAUUCUGUCAUCUCAGUUGUCCCAGGGGGACGUAUGGAAUUGCCUGUUCUUUGGAAUGUCAGUGUGUGGAGGAGAACACCCUGGAAUGCAGUGCCAAAAAUGGUAGUUGCACCUGCAAAUCUGGUUACCAAGGAAACAGAUGCCAGGAAGGUACAAUCGAAUGA